AUGACUGGCCAGGCCAUUGCUGUUGCCGGCAUUGCGCAGCUCUUUGCAGGGCUCUGGCAGAUCGCCAACGGCGACACGUUCGAAGGCGCUGCGUUCUCUUCAUUUGGCUCGUCGUGGCUUGCCAAAGGCCUUGGCAUGGUGCCAGGGAUCGGCGUCAUCGACUACCAGGCCAAUGAGUCGCCGCGGGUUGCGCGUCGCCAGAAUGGUAUCGUUGGGCUUGCAUGGAGCAUCUGGGUGCUAAUUUUGCUGGCAGGCAACGUCAAAUCGCACUUUGUCAAUAUUCUCAUGUUUGUGACGUUGAAUCUGCAGCUGGACUUUGGCUGUGCGGGCACAUGGACCAACAACGAGAGAAUCACCAAGGCGGGCGGGUGGUUUGGGUUCUUCUGCGGAUUGACAGCCAUGUACAAUGCGGCUUCCAUCCUGCUCAACGAGGAGAACUUUUGGUGCAAUGUGCCGGUGGGCAACUGGUAUAACCCAGACACAAAGCUGGACGAGGAGGCUGAGGCAGGGUUCUGA